AUGGUGUUCGUUCACAAGGGUGGUGUUUGCUGGUUCCUCUUUCUCGUGGCGGUGUUGCUCAUUGUUGCGGCCGUAGGAGCGGAGCAGGAGGAUGGGGCCACGGCCACCGUCGCCGCGGAGGUGGAGGAGGAGGUCAGUGGGCGUGUCCAUGACCAGGGCAACGACAUGUGCGACAUCAAGUGUCAACACGGGCAACAUCUCGCAUGGAGACGACGGUGCGUGAACGAGUGCCACAGACAAAAGCUUCAUCAUUCUCGCAGAGCUUUCUGCGAAAUGAAGUGCCAAGAUCACUACCACGACCCGUCAAGGAUGAAGCUGUGCGUGCACCAGUGCAUGAGCUAUGGCCUCAACCUCCAUGCGGAUAGCAACAACGGCGUCGACCGCCACCCCCACGCAUUGGAGGUGGAGGUCGGCUGGCGUGCCGAUGCCCAAAGCAACGACAUGUGCGACAUCAAGUGCCAGCACUGGCAAGACCCUGCCGGGAGACGACGGUGCGUGAACGAGUGCCACAGCCGGGAGCAUCAUCAUCCUAGCAGAGCUUUCUGCGAGAUGAAAUGUCAACAUCACUACCAUGACCCGUCAAGGAUGGAAUUGUGCGUGCACCAGUGCAUGAGCUAUGUCCUCAAUCUCCAUGUAGGCGGCAACAACGGCGUCGAUGAGCAUCCCACCGGCUGA